CAUAUUCCAUUCUUCAUCGUCCGGCAUAUUCCCUCUUCUUCUUUAUCAUCUCUUUCCUUUAUAUGACCCCCUCUCUCUCCUCUCGCUCUAUUCCAAAAUUCCCCCCUUUUGCGCUCAUUCCUUCGUGAUCCUCGUUGGCUUCGAUCCUAGAUCGGAAAGAUUGCGUCUUGGUGAUGAAGUUUGGGAAGAACCUCAGCAGCCAGAUCGAGGAGACGCUGCCGGAGUGGAGGGAUAAGUUCCUCUCCUACAAGGACCUCAAGCGGCGACUCAAGCUAAUAUCCGGCGCCGAUCUGCCGGCCAAGCGGGCCAAGUUGGCCGAUGAGGUGGCCGUCGGCGACAACGCGCCUUCCUCCACGGCUGAGGAGGAGGAGGAGGAGUUCGUGAGUCUCCUUGAGGCCGAGCUUGACAAGUUUAAUACUUUCUUCGUCGAGAAGGAGGAGGAGUACAUCAUCCGCCAAAAGGACUUGCAGGAUCGAGUCACUGCAGCCAUCUCUAGGGGUUCCAAGGAGGAGUUGAUGAAAGUAAGGAAGGAAAUUGUAAACUUUCAUGGAGAGAUGGUUCUUCUCGAGAACUACAGUGCCCUGAACUACACUGGUCUAGUGAAAAUACUGAAAAAGUAUGAUAAAAGAACUGGAGCACUUAUCAGGCAGCCCUUCAUCCAAAAGGUUCUUAAGCAGCCAUUCUUUACGACCGAUCUGCUUAACAAACUUGUGAAGGAGUGUGUGGCGAUGCUUGACCACCUCUUCUCCAAGAACGACCCACCAUCAACUUCAGGAGAAAGCAACACAGAGAACGGAGAAAGGAAGCCAGCACAAUCAGGUUCCUGUUUGGCCGCAGGGGUUCCAGAGUUGGAGGAGAUCGAGUAUAUGGAGAGCUUAUACAUGAAGAGCACGAUAGUAGCACUGCGGUCCUUGAAACAGAUUAGGAGUAGAAGUUCGACGGUCAGUUUCUUUUCGCUGCCUCCUUUGAAGAGUAAUGGGUUGGAAGAAAGGUGGCGGAAUAGCGUUCCUGUGGUAGAACAAGUAGCUGAGUAACAGCAUUGCACCAGCAACACUAGAAACCUUGGUUGUCUCGUAAUUUUGUUUGGAAAUGGUCUUCCCUCUAUAUUUCCAUAAAUUCUCUUAAAGGUCCCCUGGAUGGUAUGAUAGUUGAAGCAUUAAGUGUUGUCACAUGAGGUCUGGUCUUGAUCAAAACUCAAUAUAUCCGAACAUGUUUUUCCUUAUACCUUGGUCAACUGUACUAAUAGCUAAUAAUCAUCGGUUAUUUACCUUUUUA